AUGGAGUCCCCAUUAUUACUUCUCGCGAAUAUAUCCAUGAGUUACAUGGGCCCCUUAAUUUCCGCUCUAACGACCAUACUGACAGCAACCAACUUGAUGGAGGAUAUUAUUCGUAAUCAAGGAAGUAUCAAUGAACCGGGGGAAUUUGCAAUUUUCGAUUUUAUCGUAGUUGGGUCUGGUUCGGCCGGGGGUGUAAUUGCCAACCGGUUAUCGGAAAGUGGGAAAUUUCAAGUUGCCCUUCUGGAGGCAGGCGGUGAUCCGACAGCCCUUAACGACAUCCCCUAUUUCAUGACGGACAAUUUGAAUCAUCCCGAAACCGAUUGGGUGUAUAGAACGGUCCCUCAGAAUGACUCAUCCCAGUCAUUACGAGACAACUCUAUAAUUCUCAAUCGUGGUAAAUCACUCGGUGGAACGAGCAAUCUCAACUACAUGGUUUACAUGAGAGGAAAUCCCAAAGAUUUUGAUAAUUGGGCUAAUUUAACACAAGAUGAGGGAUGGAGUUAUGAAAACCUUUUGCCAUAUUUUAAAAAAUCGGAAAACUAUCAAGGAAACUUCAAAAACGAAUCGUUCCACGGGACGGGUGGACCUUUAACCAUAUCCACGUCUGACUUUGCCCCUUUGCUAAGGCCGUGGUUAGAAGCCGCGAAGGAAAUGGGUUUCCACGUCGAAGAUCCGAACGCCAUGCAGAGUAAAGGGUUUUCCCAAGUUGAAAACACGAUCAAAAAUGGGAAACGUUGCAGUGUUUAUGAAGCAUUUAUCAAACCGGCCUUAACCCGGGAAAACUUGAAAGUAAUUCGAUACGCUCAUGUGACCAGGGACUCCGGAUAUCACGCCUUAGCAGCAGUACUUCUCCCCAUCGCUGGAAUUCUUAUGAUCGUUGCUGCAGCUAAGAUUGAUAACGCCGCGAUGGAUAUCCUGGACAGAGAACUUGAUCUUGGCAGCUACUCAUAUAGCUUUGUCAACCUUUCGUCCCCUUUGACCUUCCCACCCAUAGGAAAGGAUGUGCUAGAUGAUCGAAAAAGGGAGAUUAGGAAGCAGGCAAAAUAUUACAAUAAAUUGGCAGCUGGGAGUUUUGCAAUAACUGAUGGAGUACUGUAUUUCGUUGCUGCUGUAAUAAUUAGCAAAUCAUGAUAAUGAGGCGAUCG